GGCAUCAGUAUUUGACGAAGAGUGACAGAGGUAAGCUGCCAGUCAAUGUCUAAUUCUGUUCUUUAUUUAUAAAGAAAUAAUUGGUUUCUUGAAUAUAAAAUAAGCUUUUAUCUUAUGCUUGUUUUUCCGUAUUACAUUUGGAUUGUGUAUGCGAUGAAAAGAAAUUUAGCGGAGUAAAUGUUGCGCAUUUUGUUUAACUUGCGUAUAAUAAUAGAACAUGCCCUGUUUCAUAGACAACUUAGUCAAAGUUUCAAAAUUAUUAAAUUGUUCCAAGGUUACAAUUUCAUUUGUAAUGAAUUUGGAAAGAAUUGGAAAUGAACAUGCAAGAAAUAUCGUUCAAGGGAAAACCCCUUCAGAAUUGUCGAACUCACAACUUAUUGUUAAUGAGGAUAAACCGCCAGAAAGCUUCGAAGAUUCUCGACAACAACAACAACAACUUGGCAGUCAAGUUGAUGCUGGAGAUGCAUGUGAAUCAGACAAACUAGCAAUAUAUCGUCAUCCUCUUUUUCCGUUGCUUGCAAUGUUGCUUGAUAAAUGUGAAUGGGCUACUUGCAGCCAUGAAGGUCCAAACAGUCAAAUAUUUCAGAAUGAAAUUAGAUCAUUCUUGCUACAUCUUGGACAAGACGGGAAAUCUUUACUGUCAGGCAUUGAUGAUGUAGAUAGCUUGAUGGUUAAAGCAAUUCUAGUGUUAAAAAUUCAUCUUCUGGAGAUUGAGAAAGUAAAUGAACUUUGUAAAGACUUCUGUCAACGUUAUAUUGCAUGUCUAAAAGGAAAACUACAAACAGAAAAUAUGUUGGGUAUAUUUUCCUCAGGAUGUGAAGAUGUACUGACUGCAAUAUCAAAUGACUCCCAACUGAAUCAACUUCAAGGUAGUUUGGCUAUUCUUGGUCAAUCUUCGCCAAGUGUUUCAUGUGUUAAAACAUCAUCAUCAACACAAAAUUCCACAGAUGUUUCUAACUUGACUACAAUGACCAUGUCAACUGACAGUAAUCCAAGUGAUUCAACUAAUGUCUUUGGGUCAUUGGAUAUACCUUAUAAAUCCCCUAUCUCUGGGACAACAAAUUCUUGUCUUCGUACUGUACCACUGGCUUCCACAUCACCAUCACUUCCCAAUAAAAAGUCUAAACGAAGCAUAUUACCCAAACAUGCCACAAACACAAUGAAAGCUUGGUUGUUUCAGCACAUAGCUGUUUUUCUAAAGCAUCCAUAUCCCUCGGAAGAAGAGAAAAGGAUUUUAGCUCAUCAGACAGAUCUAUCUUUGUUACAAGUUAACAACUGGUUUAUCAAUGCUCGGCGAAGAAUCCUUCAACCAAUGCUUGAUUCUAGCAACUCAGACAACUCAUGUAGAACAAAAAAAACCAAGCCAAAUCAAGCACGUUUAGCACAAAGAUUUUGGCCUGAGUCGUUGGUUCAGACCAUACAAAAUGGUGUUACAAAUCCAAUUUUGUUGCAGCCAGUGCAACAAGCUGUGCACCUUAUAUCGACCAAUGAAUUGAAAGAUGAUGGUCUGCCAAUAACUGUUGUCUCAAAUAGCAAUCAAUUGGUUUCUACAGGAGUAUCUCUUCAAUAUGUUCAAUCAGACAAACUGUUAACAAUGUUGUCCUGUCCAACGCAAGCGUUGCAACAGACCGAUUUAGCAACAAAUGUUGUAGGAGGGAGUGGAAAAUCCAACAUCACUGUAACUGGUCAAAAUAUUUCAGCGUCUGUGGUAGACGUGUAAAAACAUAACCAAAAUAACUAUUUAUCAAGUUGUAAAAUGCAAAAUAGUUUUACAUGUUGUUAUGUUCGUGAGCUAAUUGCUCUCAACGAAAAUAGCAGGGCCGGUUGCUCAAAACCUGGAUAGCCUUGUUCAUUAAAUAGUAAUUUUUCAAACUUGUAAAAAAAUUGGUUAUAUUUCCAUUAUGAUUAUGAAACUUUGUGGUUCUAGAACUAUUGUAUUUCAAUGAAUGUUCAGUUCAAAUUGUACAUUUUCAUUUUUAACCAAUUCUUGAAGAGUUCAAAACAUUGCUAUCCAGUCUUCGUGUAACUGUCCCCGAGAACAUACCUAAAUGCAACGCUAAUAGCAGAGAUGAGAUCUAGGGAAAAGAUCGUGUAGAAUUAACAUGAACAAAUCGCUUGUUUGGUGAACGUAAAGGAAAAAGGCAAUCUACAAGAAUGGACUACAAUAAGCUCAAAACGGAUCGGAUGAACUUCAAAGAAAAAUCAACAAUCUUAUUACAACUUGUUUUUGCUAAUUACAUUUUUGAAAUUGAAAUUACCUUUUAAAAAAAAUUUGCAUCAUAGUUUUUAACUUGUUUUUUGCUGUGAUUUUGGGCCUUUAGUAUCCUCGGCGAAAGCCGGAUACACCAACGAUUGCAAAGAUUACGGCAUUAAAAAAAUUUCAUUCUCAAAAGUCGAGCGCUUUUGACUAAAGAUAAGCGUGUCGGUAAAAAACUUCUCUUAAAUUGCAAAUGUUACAAAAAAUAAAUUAAAAUGGGUCAAUAUUGCCCGGACAAUUUCUCAA